AUUAUAUAAAACUAGUAUUAUAUAAUAAUAAAUGUAGUAUUAUAUAAAAGUAUAGAUUUAGUAUUAUAUAAAAGCAUAGACUUAGUAUUAUAUAAAAGUAUAGAUUUAGUAUUAUAUAAAAGUAUAAAUUUUAUAAUAUUUGGGUUCUAUUUUAUCAUUUUAUGUGUAUGAGUGUUUUACCUUCAUGUAUGUCUGUGUAUCACAUUUAUGCUUGGCUUGAGGGAGUGGAGAGGUUCCCCGUGAGUGCUGUGGAUCAGGGCCUUAACCCCUGAGUCAGCUCUCCAGCUUGCCUUUAAUGCUUUUUUAAGCAAACUCCUACUAUAUAAUCUGUAAUCCGGGCUGGCAUUGAAUUUGUAAACCAAAUGCUAAGAUUAUAGAUGAACACCAACACAUCUGGCUAUCUUUAAUCUUCUUAGUAGAAUUUAGUUGAUAUAGAUUUAAAAAAAGGAUAAACCCAGAUAGUAAAUAGAAUUCAGUCUCGAGUAAGAGUUUAAUUUUUUUAAAAAAGAUUUGUCUUUAGAGUCAAGAAAGAUGGCUCUGUGGUUAAGAGCCCUUGUUGCUUUUAUGCAGGACCUGGAUUCACUUUCCAGCAUCCACAAGUGGUUCCAACCAUCAGUAACUCCACUUUCAGGAGCUCUAAUGCCGUUAGCCUUCAGGCACCAGUACACAUGUGCACAUGCAUACAUGCCAUACAUGCCAUACAUGCAGGCAAAACACUAGCACAUAACAUACAUCUUAAAUUUAGAAGAGUUACUCAUGUUUACAUGUGCAUUUCUUUGGGACUCUAUGCUGCAUGUCGGGGGCUCCCUGCACAGGACUGAAGAGGGAGCUGACGUACAGUUGUGACCGUCCCCAAGCAAGCGCUGGAUUCUGAUCUCCAGUCCUUCUGAAGAGCAGUAUGCAUUUUUAAUCACUAAACCAUCUUUCUAGCCCCAAGAGAUCUAAUUUUAAAGCUAAAAUGACAGUGAUGGGGGACAAGAGCUAGAGCCCAGCAGUUUAGAGCAUUGUUGCUCAUGCAGAGGACCACAGUUCGAUUCCCAGCACCCACAUGAUCAUGUGUAAUUCUAGUUCCAGAGGAUUCUACACUCUCUUCUGACUUCUGUAGAUACCAGCCUUGUACAUGGUGCACAUAUAUUCAGGUAAAACACUGAUGAUGCAUAUAAAAUCUUAAAAAUACAUACAUGUGGGGUUGGGUAUUUAGCUCAGUGGUAGAGUGCUUGCCUAGCAAGCGCAAGGCCCUGGGUUCGGUCCCCAGCUCCGGAAAAAAAGAAAAAAAAAACAAAAAAACAUACAUGUAAGACAGAAAAGGCAGCUAAUGACACAUACCUUUAAUCCCAGAUCUUGGGGGACAGACACAAGUGUAUCACUGUGAGGCCAGUCUAGUCUACACAGCAUGUUCUAAGACCUCCAGAGCUAAGGCAGUGAGAACUUAUUUCAAGAAACAAAAUACAGUACUAGAAGGAAAGGGAUUGGAGAACGGUAGCAGGAAGGAAGUAGUGAACAGUAGACAGAUGAAAAGUGCAUAGUGGAAAAGAUCACUUGGUUUUCAUUAUAGGAAUUGUCUGUCUGUCUGCCUGUUGUUUUUUGAUAUAAAGGUUCUCUGUGUAGCCCUGGCUGUGCUAGGAUUAAAAGCGUACCACCAUUGCUUGGCUCAUUAGGGUUGUCAUAUCUAAAGAGUUCAUCAAGGAGCUAGAGAGAUGGUUUAGCAGUUAAGAGCCUAUGUAUACGGCUCUUAGCAGAAAACUAGAGUUUGGUUCCCAGAACUCCUCUAUCAGGUGACUCAAACUGUAACUCUAGUUCUAGGGGAUUCAGACACUGCCGGCCUCAUAUGCAUGUACACAUAGUAACAAGUACACACAUUCAUAAUGAAAAAUAAUAAUUAAAAUUUAAAGGAUAUAUGAAGAGACAUUAAUUAUGUAGUAAGUUCAUGGCAUAAAAAUAAUUUCAAAUUAAAAUUGGAAGUAGAAAGCAAUUUUUCAUUCUUCCUACUGUUUUUCCGGUUAUAAAGAAAAGAAGGUAGAGCCGGAAAGAACUGGGUAGCAGUCACUAUAAAGUGUGAACAUCUACGUUUGAUCCCUAGAGUCCAUGAAAAAAGCCCGUUACUGUGGUGUACACUUACGAUCUGAGCUGCAGAGGCAGAAACUGGCAGCAGCCUCCAGGUCAAAGAGAAACUCAGACUCUGUCUCUAAAAAUGAGGAUGGCAUCUGAGGAACAAUACCCAGGCUUACCUCUAACCCCCACGCACGCACGUACGCAUGCACGCACGCACGAGUUGAGAAGUAGCUUGGACAUUUCAAGGUAAAUUAAUUUGGAAGAAUAACUAAAUAAAAGGGUUUUUUGUUUGUUUGUUUGUUUGUUUGUUUGUUUGUUUAUGAAGCAGGGUCUCAUGUAACUCAGAUUAGCCUCAAGCUUGCUAUAGAUGAUGACCUUGAAUUCCUGAUCUCAGGCCUCUGCCUUCCAAAUGCCAAAAUUACUGGUCUACACCACCACCACCACGCUGCCUAACUAAAUGCAAAACCACCUUUUUGUUUGUUUGUUUGUUUUCUUUUAAAGGUAGGUCUCACUAUGCAGGCCUGGCUGCCCUAAGACUUGCACUGUGUAGACCAGACUAGCCUCAAACUGAAAGAGCUCCAUCUACCUUUGCCUCUCAAGUGCAGGAUAAUGUCAUGUGCCACAAAGCUCAACAUAAAGAAGCUUUUCUAGAGAUCAUUUUUAUUGAUUUCAUUUUUUAAAAAUCUUUGUGGAUGAUGAUGUUAUGUGUGUGCUGUGUAUGGAGGUCAGAGGUAGUCUGCCUCUGCAUUUGCAUAGCCUGCUAGUGUAACAGUAUUCUCCUCUCUCUAAAAUAAAAUUCCCAUUUUUCAGAUUCAGAAAUUGACUCUUAUUUUCUGAGAUAAGCUUCUUUUGUGGCUCUGUGUUAUUUAGGCAGGCCCUGAACUUCUGCCUCCAGUUCUUGGGUGUCUGUUUCACAGGUAAUACACCACCAUACCUGACAAGAAGUUUCCAUUUCAAACAAUAAUUUUUCCAAGAUUCUAUAGCAAAUAAGUAGUAGAAUCACGCUAAAACAUGUGCAUUUUUCUGUUUAAUAGAAUCCUCAUGAAUAGGUUAUUCCUAUAUUUAUGGAUUUAUUUAGUGAUUCUAGGUAUUAAGCCCAGGACUUUGUUUAUGCUGGUCAAGUGCUUUACCACUGAGCUCUUUUUGUGUUUUUAAAAAUAAAUAAAUAAAUAAAUAAAUCUGUGCCUUUAAUUUAGUUCUCAGGAAGCUAAAUUAGGUAGUAAAAAUCUUUCACAGGUUUUUAUGGAUUUUCUUUCUUUUGUUUUUGUUAUUGUUUUGUUUUUCGAGAUAGGGUUUCCUGUGUAGCCCUGGAUAUCUUGGAACUCGAUCUGUAGACCAGGCUGGCCUCAAGCUCAGCGAUCCACCUGUCUCUGCCUCCUGGGUGCUGAGAUUAAAUGUGUGUGCCAUCAUGACUGGCAUGGUUGGUUGGUUGGUUGGUUGGUUGGUUGGUUGGUUGGUUGGUUGGUUGGUUGGUUGGUUUGUUGAAAGAUUUUCUGAUCUCCCAAAAGAAAAUACUAAAACUUUGGUUCCUUAUAAUUUUCUCAUUUUUAUUUUUUGCAACACACACACGCGCGCGCGCACGCGCGCACUCAAUUUGCAUGUUUUUUAUUUAUUGGGGACAAAAUACCAUGAUGUGUGUGGAGAUCAGACAAUACCACUUGGGAGUUCCCACAGUGUAAAUCCUGUUGAUGACUCAGGUUGUCAGUUUGGUGGCAAGCUAAGCGCCUUUUACCCACUGAGCACCAGCUCUCCUUGCUUUCUUUGUUUAUUUGUUUGGUUUUGGUUUUGGUGUUUGAGGCAGGGUCUCUCUGUGUAGAUAGGUGGACUUCAGGUUUGAGAUGUUCUCCUUGCCUUAUCUCCUGAGUACUGAGAUCACAGGUAUGAGCCACUCCCUUCCUUAUGUUUUAUUUUCCUUCUCUGUGGAAUUUUUAGUGUUCUACAUUGUAUAAUUUUUAUUAUUAUUUGUGUAUUUCUUUUAUCCUUCCUGAACCGUAAGUUUCUAAAGACUUGUAAUUGGUAGGUUUUUGCAUGUUCUUUGUUGUUACUUUGCCUGGUUUAUUCUGUGUAUGUUUUACAACUCCUUAGAAUAGCCCAAAACAACAUUAAUACUUGAAGACAGAUGGGGCCAAGCAUGAUGUCUCGGUAGGUAAAUGUGCUAGCUGUCAAGCUCAACACGUUGAACUUAGUACCCAAGAUCCACACGGUGGAAGGAGAGUAUUGACCUCUGCCAGUUGUCCUCUGACUGCUGGUCACAUAUGCACACCAUGGUAUUCAUCACCAAGACCACUACCCCAAUAAAUAAAUAAAUAAUAAAUAAAUAAAUGAGUGAGUGAGUGAGUGAGUAAGUGAGUGAAUGAAGAAAUGUGUAAAAAUGCCAGUUUUUUCUCCUGGUUACUUAAUUCCCAGAAAUAACGACUCUAAGACUAUUUAUUAAUAAACACCUAGGGGUUGGGGAUUUGGCUCAGUGGUAGAGCACUUGCCUAGCAAGCGCAAGGCCCUGGGUUCGGUCCCCAGCUCCGAAAAAAAGGAAAAAAAAGGAAAUAAACACAUAGGCCAUAAGCUUCAGCUUGUUCUCUGAUUUGUUCUUAACUAAUUAUUCCUUUAUUCCAACCUGGGUUCAGCUAUGUGCUGACUUAAUCUGUCUCCUCAGCAUUCUGUGGCCAAUCUCUUCAGUCGAUUUCCCAGAAUCUCUUCCUGACAGUGUCCCACCUCCUAUUUUCUGCCUCAGCUCAUUGGCCAUAAGCUUUUUUAUUGACAGAUGAUGCUUAUGAGAUUCUGUAUACAUGUAAAUAGGGUGGGGGAAAAGGGGGAGUUAGAAGUUGAGCAGGUGGGGUGUUCUAGAGGCUGGGGCAGGAGGUUCAUAACAGGCUGCCCUGGGCUAUGUAACAUAACUGGGUGUGAGGAGAAUAAACAUGUAAACUCAUUCCUACUUAGGACUUAGAGGGAAACAGAUAUAACAAAUACAAUAUGAGUAUUAUAAUGGUGAUUCUAGAAAAUUGAACAAUUUAACUUAGAAUGUCAGUUUAUUUAACAAUUGAGCAGGCAAAAUGUUACAUUAUAAGAAUAUUGAAGCAACUAUUUCACAUCUGACCAAAUGUAUUUGCUAGUAGAUGUAUGAGACACAGGCAUCUAUGGGUUGUUGGUAUCUUUUCCAUAAGAAACGGUAGUUAUUACUUUUAUUUAAAAGAUUAUUUUAUUUUUUAGUUAUUUACUUUACAUUCCGAUCACUGCCCCCCCUUCCUGUCACCCCCUCCCACAAUCCUUCCCCAUCCCUCUUCCCUUCUCUGAGUGGGCAGGGACUUCUCUGGGCAUCCCCCAAACCUGACACUUCAAGUCUGGGAGACUAGGUUCUUUCUCUCCCACUGAGGCCAGACAAGGCAGCCCUGCUAGAAGAACAUAUCCCACAUACAGCCAACAGCUUUUGGGAUAGUCUCUGCUCCAGUCUUUCGGGAUCCACACAAAGACCAAGCUGUUGGGGAGGCCUAGGUCCAGCCCGUGUUUAUUUAAAAUUUUUAUUCCAUUUAUCUGUUGUGUGUUUAUGAGUUGUGUGUAUGGAGGUCAAAGAAUAAUUUGAGGGGGUUGUUUCUCUCCUUCUAUCAUUUGAUUCCCAGAUAUUUGAACUCAGAUCAUCAGGCUUGGUGGUAAGCACCUUUUCCUGCUGAGCCAUCUUGCUUGCUUACCCAUCCCCAACCUCUGUCCAUCUCCCACUUUGGUAUUUUUUUCAGAUAGUCUUAUGUGGCCAAGGUUUCCCUGAGUCUUACUCAUUAUGUAGCUGAAGAUUCCUCUGAACUUCUGAUCCUUUUGCCUCUGCCACUCUAGUUGACAUUACAUUUAUGCAAUGUUGGGAUCAAUGCCAACCAGGGCUAUGCCAACAUGCCCUGCAAAUCUGAUUUUGUCUUUUUUUGUUGUUGUUUUUCCUUUGGGACUCUGUGAAGCCCUGGCUUUCCUGAAACUCAUUAUGUAGAUCAGGCUGACCUUGAACUUCAAGAUGUCUGCCUGCCUCUACCUCUGCCUCCCUAAUAUUACCUGAUUUUUUUUUUUUUAUUCCUCUUCUCCCCAGCCCCUCAUUAAUACAGACCAUAUGUAGAACUAACUGGUCUGAACUCGGAGGGAUCUUCCUCAAUCUUCUGAGUGCUGAGGUUAAAGGCCUGUGCCUGUGCAUGAGUGUUAUGUGUGUGUUUGAAUGCCAUGGUGUGUUUGUGGUCACAGGACAACUUUGUAGAGUUAGUCUUCUCCCUUUCCUUUUUACAUAGGUUCCAAGGAUUGAACUCCGAUAGUCCAGCUUCACAGCAAGCUUUCCUCUGCCGAGUGAGCUUUUUGUCAGCUGCAAACACAUCACUUUAGAUCAUAACAUUCCACUCUGGUUCCUAAAGUCACAUUUUCAUUUCAUGAUCAAAAACACAUUUAGUCCAUUUCUUGUAAGUCCCCGUAAUCUUUACCAUUCUCACCACAGAACCCAGGUUGCAAAAAAAUAGAUGUGACACCUUUGUAACUCCAGUGUGGGGGAAGCAGAGACAGACAGAUCCUUUAGACUGACUAGCUAGUCUAGACUGCAUGGUGAGCUCCAUGAGAGAGCUCUUCUCCAAAAACAAGCUGAAUGGCACCUAAGAAGCAAUACGGGAGUUGUCCUGUGGCCAUCUUAAGCACUUAUGCAAACAGGUGGCUUUGAAUCCUUGUGAUGACUUGUAGUGUUCAGCAGCCUUCUGAAUAGUAAUGUGUUUAUAAAGCUUGCUUUCUUUGUUACCUCUUUUGAUCUAUAUGACAGUAUUGAAAAUAGAGAAGAUAGUCAUCUACUCAUACCAUCCUCUGGUUGUAAAAAGGCAUUGUUUGGUGAUUGUCUUCUCUUGGAGAAAUGGACUUUUAUAGCCUAGCCUUUUAGGGGAACAACCCUUAAAAAUCUGUGCUAAGGAAUUUAUGAAAAUAUGUGUGUGUGCUGGGGUGGGCAGCUGUGAAAGUACAAGGAAAGUGGUUUACAGGAAGCUGGAAAGUCCUUGGGGGUUUUAAAAUAAUCCUGCAAUAGUAACCAUUGUGGUUUUAGAACACUUGUAACACAACCAAUGGUAGGAGAUACAACUGAAGAAGCCAUUUGCUUGUCCAGAUAGCUCUGUAGCUCCCCAAAUAUUUUCUACUGUUCAGACUUUAGAAUCAAAGUGAAGCAUACAGACUGUUAUUAAAUCUUCCUAAGUCCUUUGUUUUGGAUGAGCUAAUAACGUCACUCAGUGAACACUGGAUUAAUUACUGAAAUGUAUGCGGUCACUGUGUAAGCACAUUCUUUGUUGUGGUCGUGGUGGGCAUUGCUUUUGUUUUUCAGUCCAGGUCUUCUUCUCGCUCUCCAGCUCUGCCUGGCUUAGAAUGCACUGUGUAUUUAGUCCCCGCUAGCCUCAGAUUUGCCAUAGUUCUCAUCCUGAGCCUAAUUCCCAAGUGCUGGUAAUUCCUGAUGUGAGUCACCAUGCCUGACUUUUUUGGAGUUCUUUGAUUAAAAGAUAUCUACAUAAGGGUGGCUGGGUAUAUGAAUCAGACAGUACUUGUGUCUUCAAUCUGCAGAUCUAAGUUUGGGUUCCUAGUUCAUAUCUAUAAACAUGGCAAUAACAGAAACAGAAAAUCUCUCAGGCCUGCUAGCCAAUCUGAAAACUCUGGGAUCACUGAAAGAACUUGUCUCAAAAAAUAAGGUGAAAAGACAAAGAAGACCCCUGAGGUUGAACUCUAGCAUCUAUAUUCCAGUGUUGUACACAUUCAAGGCACAAACACACACAUACACAUGUGAGCACAUAGACACAAUCAAAAUAAAGGAAAGCAUUGAUCAUUAGACUGGAGUAGCUUAAUGACAGCAUUUGCGAGUUCAUGGAUUCUAUUCUCCCCACUACAAAGACAAAACAAUAAAUAGAUAUAGAAACAAAUUCCAGUUUAUUAGCAAAACAUCAUUUAGCUUUAUUUAGAAAAUAAGGUUCUAUGUCCAGUACGCUUACUCAGCAGGUUCUGAAGUGGAGUAGAUUCUCCUUCCUUUAUGUGGAUCCCAGGACUCAAGCUGUCAGCUUGCAGGGCAAGUGCCUUACCCCCUGAGCCAGUUUAUUGGCCUCAGAUCAUUUUCUUAAAGUUGGGGACAGUGAGAGACACAACAAAAAUAUUCUUAAUAAUUUAAUAGAAUUUAAAUAAAAAUUUCCAUGCUUGAAAAUAAGGAACUGAGUUUAGCUUGUUUUAAAAAGAAGUUGGCUGUUCAGGAGAAUAUACACUUUGCUACUGCUGUGUUUGCCUUUUUUUUUUUUUUUUUUUUUUCCCUUUUCUUUUCUUUUUUUUCCGGAGCUGGGGACUGAACCCAGGGCCUUGAGCUUGCUAGGCAAGUGCUCUACCAUUGAGCUAAAUCCCCAACCCCCUGUGUUUGCCUUUUUAAAAAAAUGAUCAUGGGGCUGGAAAGAUGGUUCAGUGGUUUAGAGCUCUGGCUGCUCUUCCAGUAGACCUGGGUUGAGUUUCCAGCAUCAGCAUGGUGGGUGGUUCACAGCUGUCUGUAACUCCAGGAUGAAACACCUUUACAGACACACAUACUGGUACAACACCAAUAGACAUAAAAUUUUAAAGGAAGGAAAGCCGGGUGGUGGUGGUAAAUGCUUUUAGUCCCAACACUUGGGAGGCAAAGGCAGGUGGAUUUCUAUGAGUUCAAGACCAGCCUGGUCUCCAGAGUGAGCUCCAGGACAAACUACACAGAAAAACUGUCAUUAAAAACAAAUAAUAAAAGCUUAAAAACUUGAUUGUUACAAAUUGUUAUUUGGUUAUUCUGAAUGAUAUUCUUCAUGAUAAGCUCAGUCAUUAAUUGGAAAUAAGUAAGGGGAUUUUAUAAAAAACCAUGGUGCAGUCUCUUCCUAUUUAUAUUCUUUGGAGUCUGUUUCCCACUGUGAUUUUGUUCCCUUGACCUGUGUGUUCUCCUUAAUAGCAUAAUAAUGUAGUGUAAUAAUGUAGUGUAAUAUAAUAUAGUGUAAUAAUAUAGCAUAAUAAUGUAGUAUAAUAAUUAAUGCAAGCAGUAACUUCAUCUUCAGGUCGUUGUGUAAUGUGGGUAUUUACUGAGUUAACUCUAGAGAAAUUAUUAAUGAUGGCUCUUUUGAGGCUUCUUCUCUGGAGUUAUUUCUCCUGGAGUUGGUCUAGUUCUGUGCAGAAGGAUAGAUGUGAGGGAAUCUAUGAAGUCUUUUUAACAGGAAGCAGCGGUCCGAGCUAAGCCCCUUAGUUUACUCAUCGUUAACAGCACUCAAUUCUUUAAGCACCAAAGAUCUAAAGUUGUUUUCUAGACUUCUAGUUAUUUUAAAGUGGUCUUAACCCUGUCUCCUUAGGCUCCUUACAUAGUUCUUUAAUGAAAAAACAAUUAACAGAUCGGUGUCUGGUUGGUUCCAUCUAAUUUUUACUGUGAUUUAUUUAAGGAGUCCCAUCUUGGACUCCGAAUACUGAUUUGCCAGAAUGAGUCUGUUAAGUGAAAGGUUGGAAGCUAGAGUUAGUUUUCUCCCUUUAACAGACUGACAUCCUGACCCAGCCCCCACCCCUGGGUUAUUACUGAAGAGGAGAUUGUUCGUGUUCUCAAGUAGCAGUACAAAAAUCUCACACCCCAUCUGACCAGUACAAAAACAGCUGCUGUAGCACAAAAUGUCCUUCCUCCAGCCUCACUGAAAUCGGGGGAGGGACAAAAGCCCAAUUGGUACUUUACCCCUGUCCUGUCUGCCUGCUAGAAGGCCUGUUUCCUACCCUGAUGGUUUCUGCCUAACAAACCGUGUUUCUUUUUUACAGCAUUAUGAUCCUGGACUUGUUGUGGUGAUGGUAAACUUAGCAGUGGGAGAACAGAUCCUAUUCCAAUCGUUGUCAAGUAUGAUGUCAUGGGCAUGGGUCGAAUGGAAAUGGAGCUGGAUUAUGCCGAAGAUGCUACCGAACGGCGCCGUGUCCUAGAAGUAGAAAAAGAAGACACAGAAGAGCUGAGACAGAAGUACAAGGAUUAUGUUGACAAAGAAAAGGCAAUUGCAAAAGCCUUAGAAGAUCUCAGAGCCAACUUUUACUGUGAACUUUGUGAUAAACAGUAUCAGAAACAUCAGGAAUUUGACAACCACAUCAACUCUUAUGAUCAUGCACACAAACAGAGAUUAAAAGAUCUCAAGCAAAGAGAGUUUGCCCGAAAUGUCUCUUCAAGAUCCCGCAAAGAUGAGAAGAAGCAAGAAAAAGCCCUUCGGCGGCUCCAUGAGUUGGCAGAGCAAAGGAAACAAGCUGAAUGUGCACCUGGAAGUGGGCCCAUGUUCCGACCAACCACAGUGGCUGUGGACGAAGAUGGUGGAGAGGAGGAUAAAGACGAAUCAUCAACCAACAGUGGUGCGAGUGCCAUUUCCUCCUGUGGCUUUGGAUCUGACUUCUCCACAGAGAAAGGGGGCCCCUUCACGUCAGUACAGAUCACUAAUAGCACUGGACUGUCGCAGGCUUCUGGGUUAGCCUCGCAAGGUAUCAGCUUUGGCAUUAAGAAUAAUCUGGGACCCCCACUGCAGAAAUUGGGAGUGUCGUUUUCUUUUGCCAAGAAAGCUCCCGUCAAACUUGAAUCAAUAGCAUCCGUUUUCAAGGACCAUGCAGAAGAGGGGACCUCUGAGGACGGAACAAAGGCUGAAGAGAAGAGUUCUGACCAAGGGGUGCAGAAGGUGGGAGAGACUGAUGGUGGUGGUAAUCUUGAUGGAAAGAAAGAAGAUGAAGACCCUCAGGAUGGAGGGUCCCUUGCCUCAACACUGUCCAAGUUGAAGAGGAUGAAAAGGGAAGAAGGAACAGGGGCUACGGAGCCAGAGUAUUACCACUACAUCCCCCCAGCACACUGCAAGGUCAAGCCGAACUUCCCCUUCUUACUCUUUAUGAGGGCCAGUGAGCAAAUGGAAGGUGACCACCGUACACACUCAAAGAAUGCUCCAGAGAACAGAAAGGGCAGCUCUCCCAGGCCUAAAGGUUGCAGUAAGGCAGCAGCAAGCCAAGGAGCAGAAAAAACAGUUAGUGACGUUUCUGAGCCGCAAAAGGAAGCCACUGUGGUUGGGCCUUCCGAGCCUGGAGGCAAAACUGAAACAAAGAAAUGCUCAGGAGAGGGUGAAGGUGAGCAAAGUGUGGAGAGUCUUAGAGAGAGCUCAGAGAGCCAGAUGUGUGAAUCCGAUCCUAAAGAAAUUUCUCAGGCCACCCCAGCAACAAAAGCAGGCCAGGGACCCAAGCAUCCUACCGGCCCGUUCUUCCCAGUUCUGAGCAAGGACGAAAGCACUGCCCUGCAGUGGCCGUCAGAACUGCUCAUCUUCACCAAAGCAGAGCCUCCCAUUUCCUACAGCUGCAACCCUUUAUACUUUGACUUUAAACUUUCAAGAAACAAAGAUGCUAAAGCUAAAGGGACAGAGAAGCCAAAAGAUGUCGGAGACUCGUCAAAGGGUCAUCUCCAGAGCCCUGAUCCUAGAGAACCGAACAAAAGCAAGGAGGGGGAGCAGAGUGUAGUGCUCUCAGAAGGCAGAGUGGAUGAACCUGCUUCAGGGGCUGCCUGUAGCAGCCUGACCAAGCAGGAGCCUGGGGGUAGCCAUGCAUCAGAAACCGAAGACACCGGAAGAAGCCAUCCUAACAAGAAAGAACCAUCAGGCAAGUCUCACAGACACAAAAAGAAAAAGAAACACAAAAAGUCCAGUAAGCACAAACGUAGACACAAGGCUGACAUGGAGGAAAAGAGUUCAAAGGCAGAGUCUGGGGAAAAAUCUAAGAAGCGCAAGAAACGAAAAAGGAAGAAGAACAAAUCAGCCCCAGCUGAUUCUGAACGAGGACCCAAACCAGAGCCUCCUGGAAGUGGCAGCCCUGCACCACCAAGAAGACGGCGCCGAGCUCGAGAUGACUCCCAGCGGAGAUCCCUUCCUGCUGAAGAAGGAAACAGUGGGAAGAAGGACGAUGGUGGAGCUGGUAGUGGUUCCCAAGAUCACAGUGGCAGGAAACACAAAGGUGAACCGCCAGCCUCCUCCUGCCAGCGGAGAACUAGUGCCAAACACAGCAGCCGGUCCAGCCAUCGGAGCCAGCCCAGCAGUGGAGAUGAGGAUAGCGAUAACGCUUCUUCUUCACACAGACCGCACCAGAAGUCUCCGUCCCAGUACAGUGAGGAGGAGGAAGAAGAGGAGGAGGAAGAGGAAGAAGAGGAGGAAGAAGAGGAGGAAGAAGAUGAAGACUCGGGUAGUGAGCAUUCUCGUAGCCGCUCUCGAUCUGGCCGUCGCCAUUCCUCACAUCGUUCUUCCCGGCGGUCUUAUUCAAGCAGCUCUGACGCUUCUUCAGACCAGAGCUGCUAUAGUAGACAGCACAGUUACUCUGAUGAUAGCUAUAGUGACUACAGUGACCGAUCAAGAAGGCACUCUAAGCGCUCUCAUGAUUCAGAUGAUUCAGACUAUGCCAGCUCCAAACACAGGUCCAAACGACACAAAUACUCAUCAUCUGAUGAUGACUAUAGCCUCAGUUGCAGCCAGUCCCGAAGCCGGUCUCGGAGUCAUACAAGGGAGCGAUCAAGAUCCCGGGGUCGAAGCCGCAGUAGCAGCUGUAGUCGCAGUCGAAGCAAGAGAAGAAGUCGCAGCACCACAGCCCACAGCUGGCAGCGAAGCCGAAGCUACAGCCGAGACCGGAGCCGCAGCACCAGGAGCCCUUCUCAGAGAUCAGGUUCCAGAAAGGGGUCCUGGGGUCACGAGAGCCCCGAGGAAAGGCGCUCUGGCCGUCGGGAUUUCAUUCGUUCAAAGAUUUACCGCUCUCAGUCUCCCCACUAUUUCCGAUCAGGUCGGGGAGAAGGUCAUGGGAAGAAAGAAGAUGGCAGAGGAGAGGACAGUAAAGGAGCAGGCCUGCCCUCCCAGAAUAGCAACGCUGGCGGCACAGGAAGAGGGUCAGAAAGUGACUGCAGCCCCGAAGAUAAGAACUCUGUUACUGCCAGACUGCUGCUAGAGAAGAUCCAGUCCAGGAAAGUGGAGAGGAAACCCAAUGUGUGUGAGGAGGUGCUGGCCACCCCUAAUAAGGCUGGACUCAAGUAUAAGAACCCCCCACAAGGUUACUUCGGGCCUAAGCUCCCCCCGUCUCUUGGUAAUAAGCCUGUUCUUCCAAUGAUAGGGAAGCUUCCAGCUACUCGGAAGUCCAAUAAGAAAUGUGAAGACUCUGCCUUGGAAAGGGGUGAAGAGCAGGAGCAUUCAGAGCCAGAAGAAGGGUCCCCAAGGAGCAGGGAUGCUCCACUUGGGCAUCAGUUCUCCUCAGAGGACACAGCUGGUCCCUUAUCAGACCCUCCCCCAGAAGAGCCAAAGUCUGAAGAAGCUACUGCUGAUCACUCUGUGGCUCCACUAGGCACCCCAGCACACACGGACUACCCUGGGGAUCCAGCCAUCUCCCAUAACUACCUCCCUGACCCCAGUGAUGGGGAUGCUCUGGAGUCUCUGGAUAGCGGCAGUCAGCCAGGCCCUGUGGAAUCCAACUUGCUGCCUAUAGCCCCAGACCUUGAGCACUUCCCCAGUUAUGCACCUCCCAGUGGGGAGCCUAGCAUUGAGUCAACAGACGGGACUGAGGAUGCUUCCUUGGCUCCUCUAGAGAGCCAGCCCAUCACCUUCACCCCUGAGGAGAUGGAGAAGUACAGCAAGCUCCAGCAGGCCGCACAGCAGCACAUCCAGCAGCAACUUCUGGCCAAACAAGUAAAGGCCUUUCCAGCCUCAACAGCCCUAGCCCCAGCCACACCAGCCCUGCAGCCCAUCCACAUUCAGCAGCCGGCCACAGCCUCUGCCACCUCCAUCACAACUGUUCAGCACGCCAUCCUACAGCAUCAUGCUGCAGCUGCUGCCGCUGCCAUCGGCAUCCACCCCCACCCCCACCCCCAGCCACUUGCCCAAGUGCAUCACAUUCCCCAGCCCCACCUUACCCCGAUUUCCUUGUCCCAUCUCACUCACUCAAUUAUCCCUGGCCACCCUGCCACCUUUCUUGCUAGCCACCCUAUCCAUAUAAUCCCUGCUUCAGCCAUCCAUCCUGGGCCCUUCACCUUUCACCCCGUCCCACACGCUGCCCUCUACCCUACCCUGCUCGCGCCACGGCCUGCUGCAGCAGCUGCCACUGCCCUCCAUCUUCACCCACUACUUCACCCCAUCUUCUCAGGUCAGGACCUGCAGCACCCUCCCAGCCAUGGGACUUGAGCUGGGAGUCGGAAGCCUAUGUUGAGCCAGGGAAGGUGACCUAUUCUUCCCUUGGGGGUGUAGAGCCAUUUAUACCAGCAAGUAAAAGCUGGAACAGGCAGUGUCUUGACAGCCAAAGAAAUGAGUUUUGGCUUGCAGGGAUGGAUUUAGAUUUGAGGUUUGCUUUGGGUUUACUAUCAGGGAUAUUUCCCCCCCUAUCCAACCCCCCCUCCCUCCCGUGUUUCUAAGCUAGGGAACACCAGUAAGAGCUGCCCACAGCCCUCUGCAGCAGUCUCCAGACUGUCAGUAAUCCUCCUCCUCUACUUUCUGAUCCUCUGCACUUCCCCUCUGUGAGUUCCGAACAUUUCCCUCCUCUAAAGGGUUGUCACCAAAGCACUUGCCAUGGGCCCAUCUGGUCCUGCCUUCUCAGUGCCACGAGGAAGGCCGGACUGUCUCUCCAGUGGUGAAAACUCCACUUUUCGGCAGUGUCUUUGACUAUCCUUAGUGACACGUUAUCCCAGGUGAGGUGGAGGAGGGGGUCUAACCUAGAACCAAAAGCAACUCAGGCUGCGAUCGACCCCUUCCUUACAGACAGCCAUGCAUUUGGCACUACUGUCCUCCUGCCCCUCACCCAGAAGGGGCAUCUACAUAUCCCAGAAAAGAAGAUCCUAGCGUGAGUAGAAGCUAUGCUGAACAUAGGGUCACCCAUGUGCUUCCCAGAAAGGAGCUCGUGUCUGAAGGGUAUACUUUCUUCUGUUAUGUUGAUGUUUUCUUUUUAAUUUAUAGGAUUUUUUAAUGUAAAAUUGCACUGAACUCUAUAAACGUAAAUGCUGCUUUUUGUAGCUCAUAUUAAGAAGGUUCCGUAUUUGUAGUAUACUGCAAUAAUAUUUUUUACAUCAGCUCUUUAAGUGAUCCUUGUUCUGGUGGCUUUCUGUAAAUAUGUUUGCCCUAGUUGAAUUAAGAAACUUUAAAGGUUAUAAAAUAAAAAGAAAAAAUAAAGUAUUUGUUUUCUGCUAGAUGCAAAAAUGACUAAGCAUGUAUAUUUUAUCAAUCUCCUGUAUUUUUUAAAGUUAUGAACUAUAAAAAUGGUAACUUUUUUUGCUGGGACAUGUUAAUAAUUCGCAGUAGUGGUUCGUGCUGGGUUCUUGAGUUGUCGAGCAACAGGCAGCAGCCAGUGUCAGGAGGACGCUCAGUCACGGUGGUCUCCCUGGUGUGCUUUGUUAGACAGUGGACUCCACAGAGUCCGGAGGGGAGGAUUGGUUCAACAGCUUUAUUCUCUGGAAGCAGUGACACUCGGUGACUGUCUAGGAAGAGGGACUCUUGGGUUUCCCUGGGUACUUUGUUCCGGACAGUCUUACUUGCCUUCCUAGUAUUUAGCCCCCUCUGACAAUUUUUUAAAUGUGCCUUUUGGGUUGGCUAGAAACUAAAAUAGAAGUAGACCAGAGGAUAAUAGGGUUGGGACAGUCUUCUCCUCUUCGUUGGGAGGUGAGUAGUUCAAGAUUUUUGGCUUUGCAGUUCUAUGCCAUCUGUCCAGCUCGAUUUCAAUUUCAGCAGUAGAGGCUCCUUUUUUCUUUUCUCCCUUGACACUGACCAGAAGUCCAUCCAUCCCUCUCCCCUUUGGCCUUCCCCAGGCUCUCAGCCCUCCUUAACACAGACCCAAAGGUGCUUGUAAUGCAGGUCUCAUCUCCUUUAUUAGUACUCUUAGGACUAGAACUGGCUAAGCAGUCAACUGACAUCGCCCUGCUUGCCUAAGCUAAGCUUCGCUCUCCCUGCCUCUCAAAUCCCCAACGGAAUGGGCUUUGUAAAGGAGCAGUUGCUGGGCAAAUGAGGCACUUACUUGGCUGAGCCCCUCCUUCCUUCUCAGUGUCCCUGUCGGUUUACAAGUCUCACUUUUUGGAUAACUAGCCCUGGAAAGAUGGCAUCUAUUUGAAGUGAAGGGACUGGUUCUUCUUGCUUUCAGCUCGUGUAAAUAUUUAAAUAAAACAGUGUUAACAUUUUGUGCUGCUUCCCUUAGGUUGUAGACAUCGAGCCAUGCUCUGGCCACCUCUGCCUUCCUGGGGGCAGUUUUCUUUAACUUCCAGAAUAGUGAUUUUAAAACUUCCAAAAAAAAAAAGAAAAAAAGAAAAAAAGGAAAAACAAAAUAACCUGUCCUUACGUACAAGCAUAACAGAUUGUAUUUGACUUUAUCACACAUGAUAGAGAGAUAUAUGCUGUAAAGUGAAGGAGAGGAACUUUCUAAUAAACCAACACUUUGGAAACUUA